ACGUCAGAGAACCACACUAGCAGUAGCUCGGCGAGGAACGACGGGCUUUGUGAGUAUGAGCAUUUUUUAGCAAGAAAACCGUAGUAAUAUCCAUCCGAGACUACCGAAUUCGAUCGUUUUUUGUAAAUCAAGGUUAGUUAACCGUCCGCAGGUGAAGAUUAGUUAUUUUUAGCUGACUGUGUGUCGAGUUUCUACCCUCGUGUUUCGCUGGACGACACGAUGAGCUACGGUAGGCCUCCGCCCGACGUCGAGGGCAUGACGUCGCUCAAGGUGGACAACCUAACGUACAGAACAUCCCCAGAAACACUCCGACGCGUGUUUGAAAAGUACGGCCGUGUCGGGGAUGUGUACAUCCCUCGGGAUCGGUACACUAAGGAAAGCCGUGGCUUCGCCUUUGUGCGAUUCCACGACAAACGGGAUGCCGAAGACGCAAUGGACGCCAUGGAUGGCGCUCUGCUCGACGGGCGGGAGCUGCGAGUGCAAAUGGCGCGUUACGGCCGCCCUCCGGAUUCUCACCACGGCGGCGGUAGUGGUGGACGCGACGGUGGUGGUGGUGGACGAGAUGGUGGUGGUGGACGGCGUGGCGGGGCACCCCGGAGAAGCGGUGGUAGCAGCGGAGGUUAUGGUCGCCGUAGCAGAAGCGCUUCCCCCAGCCCCAGGCGGAGGAGACGUAGCCGAUCCCGCAGCAGGAGUCGGUCCCGUUCCCACAGCAGGUCCCGAUACAGCCGGUCCAGGUCCCGCUCCUACUCGCGUUCCAAGUCCACCUCGCCCAAAAGGAAGACCAAGGCCACAAAGUCCCCGUCACGUUCCCGUUCCAGGUCCAAGUCCAAGAGCAAGUCCCGAUCACGUACCCCUGCCUCCAACAAAGGGUCUCGGUCCAGAUCUAAAAGCCCCCCCAAGUCUCCCGCAGUUCCACCAGCAGGGGAGAACGGAGGACAGACCCCUUAAAGCGACAUGAUAUUUCAGGCGAGGACAACCUACCUUCAAGGCCACGACAGGAUUCCACCCAAGCAAAGAUUUACUAGUGUAAAGGUUACUUUAGUGUCGUCCUCCCCUUUAAAACAAAAUGGCAUCUUUUUAUAUUUUUCCAAAUGCAUUGACUAACGGGCAGAGAUGCGUGGGUCCUCUAAAACGACCUAAUCACUAGACGGCUGUUUAGCAGGUCACACUGGCCUGUCUCAUUUCUCUUCUUUUUUUUUUCUAUUUUCUUUGACAUGUUUUUUUAAGUCAGUUUAAAUCCACAAUUUUGAAGUCCACCACAGAUUUUAAGGUAUAUUGUAUUUUUACAGGAUCUGGCAGUAGUCGACUUUUUUUUCUUUGGUUUCUAAUCUUCUUCCCUGUAUUUUUUGUGCACUAGGCUGCAGUUGUGUAGCGGUUGAGUAUUGCGGGUUAGCUGUUAAGUGGCGUUGUGUCCAGUAUUCUCCUGUGACUACCAAGGGGUGACUGCUGCUUGUCCAGUCUAUCCUGAAAGGUAACCUGGAUUGAAGUUUGCUUUCAUUUCUUUUAAUCACGCUAAAGCUACAUGCCCAUGAUGCAUCCCUCUCUGAAUGUGGUGUACCUAUUCCGCUGUGAAUGAAAAUAAAGAUUUGGUGAUUUGUCUAAAA